ACACUCUACAGUCCUCCACUUACUUUUCCGCACCCGAGAAAAAAAUCCUAUUUUCCAGGAAAGUCCAAUUUAUUUCCGUUUGUACCAACGACAAACCUUUCAUUCUCAACCCGCUGUCAAAUCCAGCCUAACAAAUUAACAUUACUACUUCUAGUUCUAGCGUUUGCUUUUCCAACCAGAUGAUUGCAAGCGAGUACGACUUCUCAUGCGCGGUGGUGGUGAACUGGACAUGGCUUGGAUUAUUUUCAGGAUUGACUAUUCCUGGCUGUUCUGGCUCCUCCUCCUCCUCCUCCUCCUCAUCGGUGUCUUCUCCUACGACAACCACCACAGAAGGCCUCGGGUUUAAUUCACUCCUCAAACCUCUCUCUCCCCCUCUUCACCUCGACUAAUUUAUAGGUAAAGAACACAUAAAAUUUACUUGGGGGUACUGUGAAGAUGCGCAGAGGCAGGUUAGAGCGCGGUGAUGAUCCCAAGGUUGAUGGCCGUUACGCCGAAACCGAUCCUACUGGACGCUAUGGUCGGUUUGAAGAAGUUCUUGGAAAAGGGGCAAUGAAAACUGUGUACAAGGCUAUUGAUGAAGUUCUUGGAAUGGAAGUGGCAUGGAACCAGGUAAAGCUUAAUGAUUUGCUCCAGUCAGCAGAGGACUUGCAGCGGCUAUACUCAGAGGUGCACCUCCUCAGCACCCUCAAUCACAACUCUAUCAUCCGGUUCUACACAUCUUGGAUUGAUGUUAAUCAAAGAACCUUCAAUUUCAUAACUGAAAUGUUUACCUCAGGCACUCUCCGAGGAUACAGGAAAAAGUAUAAGCAAAUAAACAUCCGUGCCAUCAAGAUCUGGGCCCGUCAAAUACUGGCUGGCCUUGUUUACCUGCAUGGCCAUGAUCCCCCUGUUAUCCAUAGAGACAUUAAGUGUGAUAACAUUUUUGUCAAUGGCCAUCUUGGGCAAGUGAAGAUUGGGGAUCUGGGCUUGGCUGCAAUUCUACAUGGAUCUCACACCGCACACAGUGUUAUAGGCACACCAGAGUUUAUGGCUCCAGAAAUGUACGAGGAAAAUUACAAUGAACUAGUUGACGUUUACUCAUUUGGUAUGUGUGUUUUGGAGAUGCUCACUUCUGAAUACCCAUAUAGUGAGUGCACCAACCCCGCACAAAUCUACAAGAAAGUUACAAUGGGAAAGCUACCAGGGGCGUUUUAUAAAGUUGAAGAUGUGGAAGCACAAAAAUUUAUUGCCAAAUGCUUGGAACCCGCUUCAAAGAGAUUAUCAGCAAAGGAGCUAUUGCUUGAUCCAUUUCUUGCACUUGAUGAAGGGGGGUUCUUGCCCGUAACAAGAGUUGGACAUCAGAAACCAUUUCUGAAUGAUGACAUAAAAAUUGAGGAACUCCAACUCAGGGAAAAUACAAGAAGAACAAAAAUGACUAUCACAGGGAAGCUAAAUCCUGAAGAUGACACCAUCUUUCUGAAGGUGCAGAUAGCUGGUGAAGAGUGUUCUGUGAGAAAUGUGUAUUUUCCCUUUGACAUUGUAAGUGAUACAGCAUCAGAUGUUGCAACUGAGAUGGUGAGGGAGUUGGAAAUUACUGACUGGGAUCCCUUUGAAAUUGCGGAAAUGAUAGAUGCAGAAAUAUCUGCCAUUGUACCACAUUGGAAAAAAUGGGUCCAGCCACAAUCAGAUUGCCACCAUAUACAUAUUUAUAAAGAGGAUGGUGAUUGCCAUCAUCAUCAGCUAUCCUAUUCUUCCUCUUGUUCAUCGUCCCAAGUGUCACUCUCUGGGUUGAUUGCUUCUCAUGAGCUGGGUGAAAGAUCUCAUGGUUGUGAUUGGCCACCAGAUGACUUUUUAGGGGAUACAAGUUCUCAGAGUUCUUUUUCAUCUGGAAAAUAUUCCAACUUGAACUACUGUUCUGGUGAAGAACAUGAUUCGGGUUAUAGCCCUAGAAGACAAGACCAGCAGUACUUGAUUGCAAAUACAAAAAAGUGGACGAGGUUUUGUCCUGAAGAAAACUGCAGCACAAGGCAGUCCCCAGCUACAAAUCACCCCAGGGGCAUGCAAAAUUUUCCUUCUCAAGGACCCUCGACAUCUAAGGAUGUGUGUCGGAUGGACAACCGUAGGUUAACAAGAAACCGAUCUCUAGUAGACCUGCACAGCCAGUUGCUGCAUCGGUCAUUGGUGGAAGAGGUGAACAAGAGACGGCUCUUCAAGACAGCUGGUGCUGUGGAAGAUGUUGGGUUUCAGGCACCUUGUGAACUUCCCGGCAAGGUAUUGCGACAAAUUGGAGGUUCUUAUUACAUGAAAAAUAGAAAUUAUGGUAAGAGGUAAGGACAUAACGGAAGAAGGGCUCAAAAUUUGAACACUAAGUUCCAUGCAUGCUAAAAUUCUGGACCUUGUACAGGUUUGUGAUGUAGCUAUAACAGCGUAUAGAUUUGUCAUAGUAAUAAAGUUUUAUGGUGGAUCAUGUCUGAGCGAAUGAUGAUGUUCCACCUUUUCUUAAA